AUGGAAGACAAAAUUGCCGCUGCCCUCGGUGACUCCACCGACUACUGGGCCUCUCCCACCACCCAGAUCUUCGCCUUCAUCGGCCUCUUCUGGCUGUCCAUCAAGAUCUUCUCCUUCUGGCGUCUCAUAGCCAGUCUCUUCAUCCUUCCUGGCACUUCGCUCACCAAGUUCGGCAAGAAAAGCACCUGGGCUGUCAUCACGGGUGCCAGUGAUGGCAUUGGCAAGGAAUACGCCAUCCAACUCGCCGCCAAGGGCUUCAACGUCGUCCUCAUCUCUCGCACCCAAUCCAAACUCCUCGAUCUGGCAAAAGAGCUAAAGGACAAGUACCAUGUCGAGGUGCGCAAUCUGGCAAUGGACUUUGCCGCCAAUCGCGACAAGGACUACGCCGCGCUCAAGAAGCUGCUGCAGGAGGAGGUGGGCGAGGUCGGCAUCCUCAUCAACAACGUCGGCCUCUCCCACUCCAUUCCCGUCCCCUUUGCCGAGACGCCCGAGCAGGAGAUGAAGGACAUUGUCACCAUCAAUUGUCUCGCCACCCUCCGCGUCACCCAACUCGUGGUGCCGGGCAUGGUCGCCCGACGCCGCGGCCUCAUCCUCAACAUGGCCAGUUUCGGCGGCCUCUUACCCACCCCUCUACUCGCCACCUACUCCGGAAGCAAAGCCUUCUUGCAACAGUGGUCAUCCGCCCUCUUCUCCGAGUUGGCGCCGCAUGGCAUCACGGUGCAAGUCGUGCAGUCCUACCUCGUCACCAGCGCCAUGUCCAAGAUUCGAAGAGCCAGCUGGCUGGUUCCCACGCCCCGACAGUUUGUCAAAGCGGCAUUGGGCAAGAUUGGACGCAGUGGGGGUGCGCAGGGCAUCUUGGGCACCUGCACGCCGUACUGGGCGCACGGCAUCAUGCAUUGGGCAAUCGCGAGUUUUGCGGGUACGAUGAAUGGGGUGGUGAUUGGCAUCAACAAGCGCAUGCACGAGGAUAUCCGCCGCAGGGCGUUGAAGAAGGCGGAAAGGGAUGGGAAGAAGUCUUCGUAG